GGAGCAGAGUCCAUUUGUCCUUGGCCUCACCAGCGAGAACGGAGAGCUGCUGCUGGACGAAUGCGUUCAGGUCACUGAGGGCACGAAGACCAGGGAGAGACACCUGUUCCUCUUCAGCGAUGUAAUUAUCUUCGCCAAACUCAAGUCAACUGCUAGCUACCGCCUGAAGCACAGAGUGAGCCUGGAAGACAUCUGGCUUUACGGUUUUGAAGAUGAAGCGGAGGAGGAAGAGGGAACGACGGGGGAUAUUGACCUCAGGGUGACCCUCGUCUUGGCCUGGGCUCUCACUUUUUGUUUGGUGUGUUUUCGCUCGCCUGAGGUGAAAGAACGCUGGUUAGAUACUCUUCACAGAAAAAUUAAAGACGCAAAAGCGAGGGCUGGUUGUGCUUUUUCACCUCCAGACGUCCUCAUGAAGGUGUUGAGCGGCAGCAUCGCAACUAAAACUCUAACAGGAGGAGGCAUGGAACAACUAAUUGAGUUUCCACUUGAUGGCGAUGCAAAGUUCGUUGCUCAGCCAAAACUGUUGAAUAACCAAGAGGACAAGCCGCCACAGCCCACUGAAAACAAGUGGAACCAAGUGGUGAAGAGGCUCAGAAAGGGCUCCAGUUUCAUCAGCAAAGGAAGCCGAACAGAAACAGACACCAAGACUCAGCUGUUUGGACAGCCCCUGCGCAAGAUAUGCCCAGACGACUGCUCACUUCCCAAACCAGUGACAGAGAUGCUGGUGCUGCUGAGGAAGAGAGGCCCAGCCACCGAGGGAGUGUUUCGGAAGCCCUGCAACAACAAGAUCAUGAAGGACAUCAGAGAGCAGCUCAAUGGCGGCCAGGAGGUGGACCUGGAGGGCCAGCCAGUCGUUCUGCUCGUCGGGCUUCUCAAAAGUUUUCUGAAGGAGCUUCCUGGCAGCCUGCUGGUGUCUGAACUUUAUAACAGCUGGAUGAUGGCUCUGGACAACGAGGACACUCAGCAGAGAGCUCUGGAAAUCAGAAAGGUGGUAGACGAGCUCCCGGUGCACAACAAGCUCCUCCUGCAGCAUCUAGUCUGCGUCCUGCAUCACAUCCUCGAGAGCGCUGACAUCAACAAGAUGGACGCCUACAACCUGGCGGUGUGCAUCGCCCCCACACUGCUGCAGCUGGACGGCACCCCGCUGGAUGAGCAGAAGGAAAAGAUGCAAAAGGUCACAGAGCUCACUGAGUUCCUGAUUAAACACUGUGAGAUACUUGGAGAGAAUAUUCCAAAUCUGCUGGAUACUGAUGAAGACUCCUUGUCCUCCCAGCAUCAUGACUCUGCGUACGACAGCACUGACCCAGAUGGAGAUGGAGAGGCAGGAGAGACCACCAGCGCCACAUGUGGAGAAUGUGGUUCAUCUUCCUCUCUCAGUCCCAGCACCACUGCCUCCUCUUGGGCGUCUGAUGCUAUCUUCGACACAAAGCCACCGUUCAAUCGGCGCUGCUCUGAGCCCAUCAUCAUCCUCUCACCUGGUCUCGAGGGUCUUUGCGGCCAUGCCAGGAGCCACGAGGACUGCUCUGUGGAGAGGAGGGAGUUUGAGGAGCAGCCUCUGAGGAAGCAGAUCUCUGAUGACUCCUUCCUCCUCAGGGGACGAGGAGGAUCCAGGCCAGUUCAGUCUUUUCCAAAACUGAGCAGCAGCUCUAACAUGGAUCCACAGCCCUACAUGGCAAGCAAUCAUGUCAAGGACUGCUCCUGCUCCUCCCUAGAGAGUGCUGCCUCAAACCAAUCAGAGGGCUCUGUUUUCACAAGUUCUCCACUGGGGUCACCAUCCUGCCCCAGGAAGGCAAACACCACCAACCAGCCUUCAGUGGCUGCAAAGGACAUUCCCAGGCCAAUUUCAGAUGAGAAGAAGCGCUCACAGUCCAUGAGAGUGGGCAGUAAAGUCCUGCUGAGGACCAGGAGUUUAGGAACCUUCACCAGGAGCAGCCUGAAGAAAGACUCUCAGAAGGAAAACUCCUUCCCUUGUGAAACGCUCCAGGAGGACUCUCAGAGUGAAGCAGAUUCACCAGCUGAGCCCCUGCACAAACCACGCCCUCUGUCAGACGUGGUGUUUAAGUAUGUGGACAGCCGAUUGCCCUGCAGGCCUCCAACGUACAAGCAGGCAGUGCAGAAUGUGGGUCCCCCUCCACAGUAUGGAGCAAUGACUGUACAAGAUGCCAUAGAGCUGGGGAGGAGGUCCCGCCCAUCCUCUGUAAACUAUGACCUCCCACCUGCCUGCUCUGUCGCUAAGUACAUAGACUGUUGUGCUCAAGCAGCACAGGACAAUGGCGGCGUUGUCAUGCGGCAGCAGACGUUCCGCCCGAGAGCCAUGUCUGAGUCUGUGUCUGCGGGUCAUCAUGAGGUCUUGUCACGGAGAUGCAGCCAGCCUGUGUUUGAGGAAUUUUCUUACGCCAAGGAGUCUUACGUUUGAUUUACUUCAGAACUGUUUCACAGAUGGGAUUUUAGUUAUAUAGACACUUCUUGAAGGCAGAACUUGAACCCAGCAAUCUUCCUUUUUCUUUUCAUUCCUUCAGGGCCACAUCAUGCAUGGACUUAGAAGGUUAACCAAGCUAACCUAGAGAAUAUUUGUUUAGAUCUCAUGUUUUGAUUUAAUAGCAAGAAUGCUUAGUUUCAUAACAGCAGCUACUUCCUCCCACAGUCCUCACUUCUGUUCUUUGGUUGGUUAGACAGAGAGGCUGUGUCUUAGGGGCUGUCCACUGAGCAACUCUGCGUCAGAGCAACAUUUAUAUAAAAACAUCUGUCAGUCUGUCAAUUUUCUCACUGUCUCACUUUGAUUGAAUGUCAGCAAUGUGCCGCCUUGUGGUUGCACUGUCUAAGUAGUACUGUUUAGAGUACAAAUAAAAUAUAUGUUGUUAUCAUGAUAGAUAUUUAGUCUAUCACAAUGAAGCUAUAAAAACACAGUUUGCUGUGACUAAGAUAUGCUAUGAGUUUCUAUGAAGUUUUGUUGAUAUAGUUUUGUACAGUAUGUGUACAGUAUAGCACAUUGAGCACACUGGUGUGUUUUUUUGUUUUGUUUUAUUUUUUCUCCACCUUGCAUUGCCUCCUUCUUCCACUACACUAAAGCACUUUUCUGACGCUUUGUUUACUUGUAUGCUGAAACUGUAAAUAAUAUCAAAUAGCUAUAGACGGGUAAACUUGUCCUUCCAGAGGGUAAAUGGUUUUAGGUAACCCCUUAAGAAAAUGGAAGAAAAACAAUUAAAUAAAAGAAAAUAACAAAGUAAAAAA